AUGAGUGCUCACCACGCCAAUAGUGAGCGCAUCUCCGCUGAAGAUGAUCCCAGAGACAUUAAGAAUGCUGCCGACUUUCUCGACGAAGUGGACGAGCACAAUGCGGUCAAGCCGAACAGGACCCUCGAGGCACCUCCCUUGGUCAGAGACUUGAGCCCAGCGGAUCGAGAAAGACUGGAGAAGACGCUGGUUCGCAAAAUCGACUUCAGAUUACUACCCGCCGUCAUCAUCAUGUACAUCAUGAACUAUCUCGACAGAAACAACAUUGCAACAGCCAGGUUGGCCGGCAAUCCGGGCCUAGAAGAGGACAUCAACAUGAACGAUUCCCAGUACGAGACUUGCGUGUCCAUCUUAUUCGUCGGCUACAUCUUGAUGCAAAUCCCGAGCAAUCUUUUUCUGAACAAAGUCGGCAAGCCUGCUCUCUUUCUGCCUGGUGUUAUGGUGAUCUGGGGCAUCAUUUCGACUGCUACAGCAGCCGCGCGUAGCUUCGGCGGCCUGGUGGCGAUCAGAUUCUGCCUUGGGUUCAUCGAGGCAGCUUACUUUCCUGGUUGUCUGUUUUAUCUUUCUUGCUGGUAUACCAGGAAGGAACUGGCAUUCCGAUCAGCUAUCUUGUACUCGGGUUCUCUCAUAUCUGGUGCUUUUGCCGGAUUGAUCGCAGCCGGUAUCACGGACGGCAUGGAUGGAAAGCUCGGCUUGCCAGCAUGGCGAUGGCUUUUCAUCAUCGAAGGCGCUAUUACAAUCGUCAUUGCUGCAGUCUGCUUCUUCGUCUUGCCCAACCUCCCCAGAACGACCAAAUGGCUAACCGAAGAGGAGCGACAACUGGCCGUCUGGCGAUUGCAAGAAGACAUUGGUGUCGAUGACUGGACCAGCAGCGAAGAACAAUCUUUCUGGCAAGGCAUGUUCCUCGCUUUCAGAGACACCAAAGUCUGGAUCUUGAUGGUCAUGCUCUUGGGAAUCGUCUCCAGCGCCUCCGUCACGAAUUUCUUCCCGACAGUAGUGCAGACACUUGGUUACUCCAAGCUGAUCACACUGCUGUUGACAGCACCACCUUAUGUGCUGGCAGUCUUUGUAUGUUUCGCGAACGCGAUCCAUGCAGACAAGUCCGGGGAGCGAUUUCUGCACAUUACCAUACCGCUCAUCAUCGGCAUGGCCUCAUUCAUCCUGGCAGCAGCCACGACAUCUGUUGCUCCACGUUAUGUUGCCAUGAUGUUGAUGGUACCAUCUAUCUACGCAGGCUACGUGAUUGUUCUGGCAUGGAUAUCGAACACGAUUCCUCGUCCUCCAGCCAAGCGUGCUGCAGCUCUGGCAGCCAUCAACGCGGUGUCUAAUGCCUCAUCCAUCUACGCCUCCUACAUGUACUCAGGGGCUCCUCGAUUCAUCAUCGCAUUCUCGGUCAACUGUGGCACACUGUUCCUGGCGAUUGCGAUGGCAGCAGUCCUCAGAAUCAUGCUCGUACGCCUCAACCACAAGCUUGAUCGGGGUGAGACCAUCGAUGGUGGCAUUUCUGGUGCAUCUAUUGGAGAGGGCGAGGCAAUGAGACGAGGCUUCAGGUUCCUGGUAUAG